AUGGGACACAUCAAGCAUUUAGUUCUCGCCAAGUUCAAGGAUGGAGCGGCGGUGGAGGAGCUGCUGCAAGGCUUGCAGAAUCUUGUCUCGGAGAUCGACGUUAUCAAAUCCUUCGAAUGGGGAGAGGACGUGCUCAAGGACGAGAGGCUCGGCCAAGGCUUCACUCAUGCUUUCCUGUUGAGCUUUGGGAGCGCUGAAGACCUUGCCGCCUACAUAAAGCACCCCAGCCAUGUGGAGUACGGGAAGGCAUUCCGUGCAGCCAUUGACAAGGUCUUGGCCAUUGAUUUCCCGGUGGUUGCCAAAGAGAUUAGUGCUGGACGCAAAAAGUAUGCUUCGAAUAUAUAG